GGUAGAAUUGCCCGUCUCGUGGCGUCUACUAUGUAUUUGCAGACUUGCCACAUACGUGCCACAGAUUAAAUACACUGACAGAUCAGGUACAUUAGGUAGGUACCUACUAAGGUCCGGGCAAGGGUCAAGAGUCAAGGGUCAAGGCCCCAAGCAGCAAACGUCAUAUUGGCAAGACGGUGCAUUCCGAAAUACUGUUACUGUAUCAUGAAUUAUUUAUUCGUUUGUUUAUUCGUUUAUGCAAAUCCCGAUAGUUAUAUUGUUUUAGCUAACUUGUAGCUGAAGACUUCUACCAUCGCACCUAAAUUCGAUAUCGUAUCAGAUUUGAAUUACCGUCGACCCCUGUCUAACUAUCUACCUUACCUUACCUUUACUGCAUUCUUCUUCGUAUGACAAGCAUAUAAUUAAAUAAAUCUUGAAAUAUUGUUAGAGACAUAUUACUAGGUUAGAUACUUGACUCUUACACGGCCUAUUCUAUACCCUCCAAAAUGCAAACGGUUGAAGGGAUACCCGUUCCCUCGAUCAAUAAUCGGGAAGAAAAGUUGCCUGAAGUUCCGUUGCCUCCCAAUAAGAAACCGCGCAAAGCAAAGGAUAAGACAGGAGCUCCGCCCUCACGCUUCUCUCUCCGGGUUACCGCCGGCUGGUGGAGGUCUUUACAAUGCAUUGGAAUGAGUUUACACUUCCUCGCCUCUCCGCGACCACCGAGUCCAGACUUCGUCAAGUCUAUUCCUUCUACCAUAUCAACCACGAAAGGCCAAUUUAAUCUCCAAUUCUAUCUACCCGAAGGUUACAACAAGGAUCCAAAGAGCGACAAAUGGCCAGUCGUUGUAAAUUAUCAUGGAGGAGGGUUCACGUUGGGUAGCGCAUCGGACGACGCAAGAUUCGCUCGCUUCGUACUCGAGAAAUGUCAUGCGGUUUUCGUCUCAGUAGAAUACCGAUUAGCGCCAGAAUUCCCAUUCCCUACCGCCGUUGAUGACGGAGCAGACGCAUUAUUAUAUAUCAUCAAUAAUGCAGCGAAGCUUCGACUCGAUAGCAAUAGGAUAGCAACAUCGGGGUUUUCAGCAGGCGGCAACAUCGCCCUCACGGCGCCGAUCCGUUUGUUCGAACAUGGAAAAACUAUAGAACUUCCCGAGUAUCGUAUUCUCGCUGUCGCAACCUGGUAUCCAAUCACCGACUAUACACUGACUCGUGCCGAACGCCGAGCGUCUGCACUCCGUCCCGAAGCCACUCUCCCGCCGACCUUGACAAAUCUAUUUGACGCGUCGUAUCUAUUUCCUCCCGAAUUAGACCUUGCUGAUCCAUGUCUAUCACCCUCGAAAGCGUCGGACGAGAUGCUUAUCGAAGGCCUGCCUCAUAAUGUAAUAUUCUAUACGUGCGAAUGGGACAUGCUGCUACACGAAGGCGAAGAGUUUGCUCAGCGGCUGCAGAAGCCGCCCAUCUCGAAGAACGUCUUUUACACUAUGAUACCCGGCGUAGCACAUGGAUGGGAUAAAGGACCAAACCCAAUGAAACCCCCAGAGAAAUCGGAGAAGCUAUAUGGUGAAUGCUGUCGCAAGCUCAAGAACAUAUUUGAAGAGGAUCAGGCGCAUUCGAUCCUUGGUCUUCCCUUAAAACUACCCCCUUUACUGCAGCCUAAACCUAAGGAUGGGAGCAGCACAGGCUGAAGAAGCGGAUUGUCUCGAGAUUUUACAUACCACCUGGUUUCAACGAGCCAUUAAGAAGCUGAUGGGCAAGUAUACUAUCAAUAUUAUUGACGAACGAUGCUUAACUCUAGGUUACUAAGCUACCUACCUAGAUACCCUACUGUAAUGAAUCGUCAUUCAUUAUUGUACGCGAAGACUGCCUGCAAGGUACUAAUUCUCGUAAUAUAACAAACCAUAUCUAUUGUCUAUUGUAACUAUAUAGAAUAACCCUAUAAAAUGUGAUAAAUUAAAACGAGCAUUUGAAUGGCCACCAAAUCGAUGCAUGAAAUCAUGAAGGUGUGCAAUGUCAGAUCCAAGACAAGAUAUCUUGAAAUCGGUCGUAACGGGCCAAAUCCUAAG